AUGAUUAGAAGAUAAAAUUCACUACCUGAAAUCCUCUCUAUUAUCUAAGAAAAGAAGAAGGCUUAAAUUGAAUAAUAACAACCUCCUUAAUUACCAGAAUAAGAACCUUAACCAGUAUUUAAAUAUGUUGUACAUGAACACUAAUAAAGAAUUCAAUUAGCAAAAAUGUUUUACAAGAAUCUAAAAAAAAGAUCAAUAGCAAGAAAUGUUAAUGAAAUCAAAAGUAUGGCUACUUUAAAUGGAUUUCAAUUAAAAUAAGGUUAAGUUUUAAGAUAAAAACUCUAUGUUGAAUAAAAUUAGAUAUAAGAGUAAUAAUUUACACUAUAAUAGAAAUCCUCAUAUAUAUUUAUGUCCAAUAUAGAAGAUAAUUGAAUAAAAAUCUAGCCCUGUUAAAAAUAAUUAAAGAAGUUCUCCAUUAUAAAGAUCAAGAGCAAUCACAACUAAAACUAGUUUCCAUCUCAAGAGUACAGAUCUAACAAAAAAUGAAAGCAUGAUCUCUUUGAAAAAGUGUUAAGAAGAAAAACCGAAAGUUAAAACUAGAUAAGUUGAUGAAAUCAAAGGUUAAGCAAAAUUAUUCACUUUCGUAUACAAAUCAUUAAAAUAUCAAAGCUGA